UGGCGGCGGCGGCGGCGGGUCGGCCAUGCUGCUCACCGUGUUCUGCCUGCGCCGCGACCGCAGCGAGCUCACCUUCUCCCUGCAGGUGGACGCUGACUUCGAACUCCAAAACUUCCGGGCUCUCUGCGAGCUGGAGUCCGGUAUCCCGGCGGCCGAGAGCCAGAUUGUGUAUGCAGAGCGGCCUCUAACUGACAACAACAGAUCUCUGGCUUCCUAUGGCUUGAAAGAUGGAGACGUGGUGAUUUUACGACAGAAAGAGACUGUGGAGCCUCGACCCUCCAUCCGUUUCCCAGGUUUGCCUAAGAUCGACUUCAGCAGCAUCGCGGUUCCUGGGACAUCCUCUCAGCAGCACCAGCCCCCAGCACAGCGGCCUCGCCCGUCGCCUCCCGACGCCUCCUCGUUCCCUCAGGGGCUGGACAACCCGAGGCUGCUGCGCGAGAUGUUGCUGGCGAAUCCCCACGAGCUGUCGCUGCUGAAGGAGCGCAACCCGCCCCUGGCCGAGGCCUUGCUCAGUGGAGACCUCGAGAAAUUCACCAGGGUGUUGCUGGAGCAACAGCAGGACCGGGCCCGGCGGGAGCAAGAAAGGAUCCGACUCUACUCAGCUGACCCUUUUGAUCUGGAGGCACAGGCCAAGAUAGAAGAAGACAUAAGGCAACAAAACAUUGAAGAAAAUAUGACGAUAGCAAUGGAAGAGGCUCCUGAGAGCUUUGGCCAGGUGGUGAUGCUGUACAUCAACUGCAAAGUCAACGGACACCCAGUGAAAGCCUUUGUUGACUCAGGUGCCCAGAUGACCAUCAUGAGCCAAGCUUGUGCUGAAAGGUGCAACAUAAUGAGGCUGGUAGAUCGACGGUGGGCUGGCAUUGCCAAGGGUGUAGGGACUCAGAAAAUCAUUGGCAGAGUGCACUUAGCUCAGGUGCAGAUUGAAGGGGAUUUCCUGGCAUGUUCCUUCUCAAUCCUUGAGGAGCAGCCCAUGGACAUGCUUUUAGGACUGGAUAUGCUGAAGAGGCAUCAGUGUUCCAUUGAUCUCAAGAAGAAUGUACUAGUGAUUGGCACCACUGGUUCCCAGACCACUUUCCUCCCAGAGGGUGAGCUCCCGGAAUGUGCCCGGCUGGCAUACGGAGCCGGGCGGGAAGACGUGAGGCCGGAGGAGAUUGCAGACCAGGAGCUGGCAGAAGCAAUACAGAAGUCUGUAGAGGAAGCAGAGAAUAGUGACAAAGAAACUACCUCACUGGGAAUGCCCUCAUUACCAGCUUCUGAUGGGUUUCAAAAUCCAGUCCAGUCUUCAGGACUCAAUUCCAAGAUCUGUAAUCCUGAAAAUCAAUUACUUGAUCGUUCUGUCUCUGCCCCUGCUUCAAUUUGCUCAUCCGAAUCUAACUGCACGGAGCCCAUUGAUCCUAGAGCCAUCAAGUCCUUUGAGUCUCCAACUGAAUCCCAGAUAACCCCAGAAAAAGAACAUUCUCUCUUAUUACAGCAUCUUUCCAAUAAGGCUUCCUUGGCAAAUGACAGCCCUUCUCCCCAGAUAGGGGAGGGAACCUGUUGCAAUCCAGCUUGCCUUUCACAGAAGACACUCAAAGAAACAUUUAUUGCUGACAGUCUAAAGGAAUGUAACACUGAAGAGCAAGACUGUGGUCAGGAACAUCCUUUGGAAGUGAUAAAAGACAAGAGUUUGGCUGACACUGCUGCUAAGGAUGGGCAAAAGAAAGCUGUAUGUCUGUCACCAGAACAGGAACAAAAGCAUGAGCUUCCCAUAGGUCAUCAGAUGUGCAAAGAACCAGAGAAGAAACAUCUGGAGAAGCAAACUGAGACAGCUGACUCAGAAGCUCCUUGUCAUGUUGGUGAGGUUGAGAAACCUGUUGCAGAAGAAGCCAGCCAGCCAGAAAAUCCUCCUACAGAAACCACAGGAGAGGGCCAGGAGAAAGCAAGUCUGUCCUGUGUGAAAGGGCAUAUCCAAAUGUCAGCCUCCUGUAGCUGGAUGCAGACGGAAGCCUCCAUGGAAGUAGAUACAGUUGAGCAGUCUGUAGUGGAAGCACAUGGUUCAGCAGGUGAGCAGAAGAAGCAGGCUGAGAGCAAAAGUGUGCCUGACCUGAACUUGGAGGCAUUUUCCAUGGAGGUGGAGUCUCUGAAGUCUGCUUCCUCCCUGGGUGAUCCACUCUCCACCAGUGGUAGCCCAUGGUCUAACAGCACGAGUGAGGUUUCUGCAAAGUAUAAUGAGUUGUCUAAUUUAGCAGCUGAAGACAGCUCUUGCCCCUCCAGAAUCCAUCGGCUGGACACAGAUCCAGGAAGACCUUCAGAAGAGCCAUGUUUGUCUCUAGCAUCAGCCUUGAAAGAGCUGCACAAACUCCUGGUUAUCAGUCGGAAAGGAGGAUGUAAAAUCCUUGCCUCUGAAGAAGUCUCUGAGCUAGAAAUGGUUCACCAAGAGCCAGCACCACCGUGGAAGGGGCUUUCUGGCCAUGAGCAGAAAGGCCCGGAUCCAGCCAGCCAGGAACAGAGUUGUUCCUCCUAUGAGGUGAGGUCUGAAGGUGGAAGAGCAGAGGGGAAGCAGCCUUGUGAUUCUGGCAUAGAGAACAUCAGCUCUGGGUCUGUUGGUCAUGCUCAGUCAGCUCUCAGUGAAGGUGCUCAGGAGAGCCAGAAGUUUUCAUGUAGGAGUGAUUUGGUUGUGGUGAGUUCUGCAGCAACAUCUGACCAGCAAGAGAGCUCUGAGCGGGUGGAGGUUUGGGUGGAAAGUUCUCUGAGUCCAGCUACUCCCACUUUGGAGCAAAACACAUCUGUUUCCUCUGCACCUGCUUUGGCUGCAGCUGCACCUCAAGGUACUCAGAGCAGUACAGGAGCACCUGGGAGAAACAGCACUUCUGCUUCUGGAGGUGGGUGUGAGGAACCAGUGCUGAGCCCACCAGCUGGCUGUGCUGGACUUGCCUCAGGUGCUUCACCAUCUGCUUUCCCCGUGGCUGAUGUUGAUCGGAUCCUCAGCGCUGGUUUUACCCCUCAGGAAGCUCUUGAGGCUCUGGAACAAGCAGAUGGAAACACAGAUCUUGCUCUUCUCAUUUUGCUAGCCAAGGGUAUCAUUGUUCCUACCUAACUGUGGAAGAGGUAGCUGACUGGGGUGUCUUUUCUUUUAAAGGACAUAUCUAAAUUACACACCACAGUGUACAAGCAGAAUGUCGAGCCAGAAUUUUUUAAAUCAUUUGCAGCCAAAGUAACUUGUCUCCCGUUUCACUCAUUAGAUUUGGCCUUUUAAAAGAAAGCAAAACGUCCUAGUGUUGUGUGGACAGGAUAAGCUUCUAAUUAUGCCUACUGGAUGAAAAUCUUUUCAUUUAAAUGUACAAUUUUAGAAUAAGCUCCAGUGUUUCUGAAUAUAAAGCAGAAGCCAUUAAGAUCACCACCCUGUCCAGCACCAAGCAGAUGGUGAAGCUGACUUGCCCGUGGGUGCCCAGCCCAGCGCGGACGCAAAGCGGCGCUUGUCUAGAGGGACUUUGGUGGUUUUGUUUUAGCUCUCCUGCUCUUUGUAACCCCAUGUCCCACCUGGGGUGCUGUUGAAACUAUUAUGGCAGCUACUAAAGGUAUGUAGAUGCCCACAGAUGUGUAACCCUUUGUGAGAGGAGUGAAGGGGAGGGGGGUGGUUUGGAAGCGUGUGGUUUUGUGUGUGCACAGGGAAGGCCCAUGACUGUUUUUGCCAAACCCUUUCAUGCUCUUGGGCCAGUGUGCUCCAAGUUUACAAUGUGGGGAUAGAAGAAGGGAAGGGAUAGAAUUUGGUGCUACCAAAACUUGCAAUGUUUUAACUUAUUUGAAGAUGUGCUGGUAUUAACUGGGGAGGGGGGGGAGGGAAGAGGAGUCUUUUACAUUUUUUUUUCUAGCCUUGCCCAAAUCAUGUUUCCCCCAUCCAAAAGAACAAACUCAACCACUUGAAGGCAAAAACUGAAUGCUGAAAUUGUUUAACCAACCAAUCAUGUGUUAUGGCUCUUAAUCCCCCUCUGCCUGGGGAAGAAUGAACUGUUUCAGUGGAUGCAUUCUCUCCAUACCGAGCAGGGAUGUGAUUAGAAGAAUGAAGAAAUCUGCUUUGCACUCGUUUAUUUUGAUUUUGGGGGAUGAUAAGCCUCUCAGCUGUGGAAAUGCAAACUGCAGAAAGCCCAUAGUGGCUGGUGAGGUACGAAUUUAAUACCUCUUCUAGAGCCAGGGCUCCCCAAUAGGGUUUAUGAAACAAAUGCACUGACAUGGCUUCUGCAUUAAAACCAUCGUGGCCUUCUGGGAAGUCCCUGGUGAAUAACCUGUCUGUUGAGGACUCACCGAGGCUGAGCUGUAGGAAGCUCUUUCCAGAUGCUUUUUUUGGGGGGGGCAUGAACUACUUGGUGAUGCUCUGCAGAGCCCCAAAACACUGUUGGGGCUGGGGAAGGAAAGUGUGGCUGAAAGCGUGAUACCAAAUUUUAAGUAGGAAUUUCUACUUAGUCCCAUGUGCAAAUCUCUGAGGUGGCUUUGUGUCAGGUGUUCAUCUUGAACUCUGCUUUGAGCCAAACCUGAAGGGGUGGGUCAGCAGCAGCUAGAAAUGUGGUUUUGUUCAUGGCUUUCAUUUGUCAUUAUCAUUGUCUCAGGCCUGUGUUCCUGGUGUUUUGUUUGCCCUGGUGCUUCCCCGUUCGGCCUGCGUGUAUGCUGGGCUUUAGUCAUGCAAGGAAGGUGGCAUCUAAAAACAACUCAAAUUUGGUUUCAUUUGUCAAACCGCAGGAGUUUCUGAUGUCAGGGAGCUGUGGUGCUCAGGUUUUUCGUAGGCACUUGGGCAGCCAGGAGAUCCUUUAGAAUAAUGAAGAGCUUUAAGGCAUUCCUCUGUCUAUCAAAUGGAGCUUCUGCAUGAGGUGUGAACAUACCAGCCAGGGCUGGAGCUCCCAGGUAUGUUGGGCUCACAUCCCACUCCCUGAGAUGCUGGGAAGCAGUUCUUGGCUCUUUGGGAACCCCCUUGCUCCUGGAGCAGCAUUGAGUAAUUCACUUGAGGCUCUUUUCAAAAUGGGUUACUGAGGCAAGAUGACAGAUUUACCAUCUUUACUGGGCAGCUGGUCAGAGUUGCCCCUGCUGAAGCAUUUGAAAUAUUCUCCUUACAAUGAGCACCUCAAAUUAACAAAAGGCCCCUCUGAAAAGGGUACAGGAGUAGUUUGAUCAACUGUCUCUGUAGAAGCCUUAGGAAAUAAUGAUACAUAAUAAUUAGACCCAUUCCCACCUGCAUCUGGCUCACUGUCAAAAGCAGCAACAAGAAUGAAGCUCCCAGGUCUCAGAUCCAGAGCAUCCUCAGUCUAAGCAGCUGAAUCUGCUCCUGAUUCUCACCACGGGUCUCAGUGAGGUGGUCCUGGGAGCACGUCCCCACCUGGUGCACAGGUACCAGCUGCAGGUUGACCCUAUUGGACACACAAGAGCUACAGGUUCAUCUGCUGCAGCUUCUUGAAGCACCAGGUGUUAGCCAGCCAAUCUUAGACCUGUUUUGUAUUUAUACUUUAAAUGUUUUUAGAAGCAAUUGCUAAUAGCUAGACAAAGCACUGCUGCUUUGCACCAAACUGGUUAAGGCUCUAGUUUUAUAGCCACGUUUACUUAGACCGCAUAGACUGAAUUGAUGCUAUAAAAGCUUUAGAGUAUCAGCCAACUUGCUUCAAUGCUCAGUUUUAUUCUUUGUCAAGUAUAAAUUUUGAAAACUGCCCUUCUGCCAAAUCCGUACUGAAGCAUUUAUCAAUAGUGCUAGAAUUUCCUGGGUAACUUUCUCUGAACUGCUAGAAGCAAAGUCUGACCCCCAACUGAUAAAUACCUGUAAAACUAUUGUACCAAGUUGGUCCAAGCCUGGUGAUUUAAAUCUCUUGAUUCCAGAGCCUUGCUUUGAGUGAAUGGCUGCGUGCUGCUAAAUUAGAGAGUAAUUUCUUUAGGAGCAAGAUUUGUGUUGGAGAAAAUCUGGGCAAUGGUGAGUAUUGAAGGUGAAAACAAAAUGUAACAGAACCUGUAUUUAGCAAACGCUGUCUAAAAGUUUGUCUUCUGUUUCAGUGUGCUUGUGUGUCCUCCCUGCUGUGUGUACAUCCUGUGCUCAGCCUUUAGCAAUCCCUCAGUGCUUCCCUGGCCCACAAAGUGGGAAUAAUUCUCUUUAAGCAGGGAUGGCAGACUGCUACAGCGUGUUGAUCAGAGCUGGGGAUCAAGGUAACACCAAAAGCUGUUCAGGUUUCCGAGGAGCUGUGUAUCCUGGCCUAAAAUAAGGCUCUUCAGUCUCUUCCUCAUCCUCAUUAAUCACUUCUGCAAUCUACUCAUGUCACAUCAGCUUAGCAAAAUGAUUUCAGGAUGGAAAGUCCAUCUGUAGAGAAUAAAGCAACAUUUGGAGGUGGCUUCAGGAAGAGGACAGCACCUGUGGGGACCCUUGUGGGUCUGUAGAGGUUGUUUCUGGGUGUUUCCUGAAGCCACUGUGAUCAUGGACCUUGCUGUUGGUUUCUGGGAUCUUUUCCUUAGAGAUCCUGAAGGAAUUUACUCGGCCUCUGGAAUGUGUUACCUGAGGCUCUGGGCGGGUUUAGAGGUGAUGUUUAAUGAAGUAACAUCUGAAGGUAUCUGGGCACAGAUAAUUCUGACAAGAGGAGGAAACAUUUCCUAGUGACAGUCCCUGGCAUGUUGACCUGCUGCUGGACAGAGCUGAGCUGAGCUGCGUUUUCGCAACAAUCUCUGCCUCGUUGCUGCGUACGUUCAACUUCCUACGUAGACACUUGGUCUCCAGGACUGUUAACCUUGUACCACCUGGACACGUUCCCUUCUUUCUGUCUUUGUGUCUCCCUCUUGCUGUCUCUUUUCCUCAAAUGUAGCAAUAUUUAAGUGUACUUGCUGAAUGCUUAACUUCCAGAUCAGUUUUCUUUACAACACUAUGCCAUUUACGAAUAAAGCGAGGAGCAGGUCCUAGAGGUUUCUUCACCAGACUUGGACUUCUUGCUGAACAGCUCCCCAGAACUCUUAACGUGAAUUCAAAGUGGAGAAAUCUAGAGGUAUUUUCCUGCCUCUCUCAGAAGUCAGCUUGGGAAACGGGGUCUGUUUUGUGUACAUCAUUCCCUUCUGAAGUGUUCAAGAGAUUUCUUCCUGCACUGUGUAGACGUAGCUUAGUCCGUGAUCCAAAUGCGCAGCAGUUUGGGUUACUCUCUGACUGAUGCUUUUUAGCUUCAGAGUUUUACAAACUCACUUAAGGAACUUGAGGGAAUCAAUACUCAGGAAUCCUAAAGCUGGUUUGCAUUUGUGUCAUUUACUCUUCUGGGCUGAACAGACUGUGGUUGUCCUCGCAAGGUGGCUGAAGGGAGGAGUGGUUGUGUCAUCAGAGAAUGGGAUGUGGUUCUGCCCAAAGUAAUACACACUUGAUUCUUUUUUUUUUUUUUUUUUAAUAUUGGGGGACUGUUUAUCAACAAAAUUGAUGUGUAAAAAAAAAUAAUUUGAUAUUUAAAAAAAUGAAUAAACACUUUAUCAUAA